AAUUGAACAUCGAAUGAAUCUCAGACAUUCAGCCGAGAAGCGAUAUAAAUGGUUUCUUUCACCUGUAAAAGCCCCAACUCGAACUCGAACUCAAGCAUUCAAAUUCCUGGCUUUAAUGGGGGCAUCCUGAAGCAUUCCGUUCCUUCGAUCUGGUUAUAUGGAUUUUUGCUGUAGAUGAUUGUAUGUAAAUGGCUGGCUCGAAUCCUGUGGAUGAUGUAAUUGAGUUUUUGAGGAGAAACAAGUUUACCAAAGCUGAGGCUGCUCUAAGAACUGAGUUAGGUACCCGACCUAGCUCAAAUGGAACUCUCGGGAAGCUUAAGGGUAAUGAAAAGGAGCUAAGGAGCGGAUCGGGGGAGGAAGUAAAAAGAGCGAAAGAAUCGGAAGAGGAUAUGAGUACGAAAGAGUCUUGUUGCAGUGUGGAAGUUGUAAAGGAUUUGAAUGGUCCGGAAGCUUCGAGGGAGCUAAUUGUGAGAGAAGUGGAGUGUGGUUCGGGGGGAAAUGGAUCUACGAUCAAUUGGAAAACCCGCGGCGUGAUUGGGGAGCAGAGGAUGGUCGAUGCCAGCGUUGGGACGAGUGAUAAUGACUUUACAUUGUUGCAAAGCUCAGAAGAUACUGUUCUUGAUUUGUAUUCUUCGAAAUAUGGUAAUGGAAAUGGUCAAGUUAAGGAUAAUGUGAAAUCUCUUGAAAAUGGCAUCUUGUUUGGCGAGGACAAAUUAGCAUGGCCGGUUGCUGCAAAUAAUGUAUUCGGUCCUUCAACUUCGGAGAAUUGGAAAGAUUGUUCUGUGGAAACUGUGUUCCCUUUGUCGGGAGUUGGUACAUCAAGUGGUUGUGACCAUGCUUCUUUUGUUGAUAAAAAAGAAGGACGACGGAAAAAGGAAGUGGCUGAGAUUAUUCAUGAAGUGAAGGAUCAAAUGGGAGAAUCGGGAAGCGUGUUAGAAUUUCAUCGGGUGCCGGAUUAUCGAAAGGACGAGUUACCAAGGCUAGCUCCUGUAAGACUCAAGACUGAAGAUAAGGCUGUAAGAAUUCACUGGGAAGAGAAGUAUGAUCGCAAUUCCGACCAUCCUUACGGGAUUAGGCCGUUUCUUGAUAUGCCUUUCGGGGAAGAUGUCAACAUUUCAGGCGAUUCAUUCGGCUUCCCUAAUGAAUACUGGGACUCCGACGAGUACGAAGAUGACGACGAUGUUGGCUACACGAGGCAACCUAUCGAAGAUGAGGCCCUGUUUCUAUCGCACGAAAUUGAUUAUCCGAGUGACAAUGAAAAAGGUGCGACGGGGAGCCGCGGAUUUCCCGAUCUUCCGGAAAAGGACCGAAACAAAAACAACGAAAAUAAGGAGUCUAUUAUCGAGGGGGGCUCUUACUUGUCGGGCGAGCGGUAUUUCCAGUUGACAAGUGUUGAUCCAGUUCUAUCUUCCGGUAACAACGGGGACUUAUACGAAACUGAAAUUUACCAUCGAAACGACGGUCGAUUGAUGGAUGAAGAGGAGCUGAAUUUGAUCUGCUCCGAGCCCGCAUGGCAGGGAUUUCUUGCUCAGACGGAUGAGCUUCUGCUCGGGAAUGGGAAAGUCAUCGGCGAAUACGGAAUGACUCGUAUGGAAGACGUCGGUGCGGACGAUGAUCAGCACGGUUCUGUUAGGUCGAUUGGUGUUGGAAUCAACAGCGAUGCUGCCGACGUCGGUAGUGAAGCGAGGGAAAGUUUGGCAGGAGAUAUCGACUACUUUCGAGAUCACGACGCAAGAAUUGGCGGUUCACGACGCUCGCUGCACGACAACAAUAAAAUAAAAAGGCACAGUUCGGAUAUAUACAUGGUGAAUAACGAUAAAGGUGUGUCCGCUCAGUCCGCGGGAUGUACGAUCGAAGGAUUCUCGUUUCCUCCUCCGAGAGACGGGCAAUGGGCCGAAACAUGCUCGGGAAAAUCUUCGUUGUCAAACAAAGUUAACAAUGUUGUCGUCGAUGAGGCUGAUAAUGACGUGGUUACGUCGAAAAGGGACAAAAAGAACGAAUUUUUACUGCCUAAGAGUUCGAGGGAUGAAAGCUAUGCAAACGGUGGAGAAUCGGGUAAUUCUAGCGCGUCGUCGAUUUCGAAUUCCAGCUGCGCCGAGAGGGAAUACAUAAAGAAAGAACACCGGGAAUCGGAGGACGCCGUAAGAAAUGAAUAUAGCGAGGCGUUGUUAGAAGACGAGGAAACUGCAGCUGUACAAGAGCAAGUGAAGCAAAUCAAAGCACAAGAGGAAGACUUCGAAACGUUCAAUUUGAAAAUCGUGCACCGGAAAAACAGGACUGGCUUCGAGGAGGACAAGAAUUUCCAUUGUAAUUUGAACUCGGUCAUUGCGGGUCGUUAUCACGUCACCGAGUAUCUCGGAUCGGCCGCGUUUAGCAAAGCCAUUCAGGCGCAUGAUCUGCACACCGGCAUGGACGUCUGCGUCAAGGUUAUAAAGAACAACAAAGAUUUUUUCGACCAGAGCCUCGACGAAAUAAAGCUGCUCAAGUAUGUGAACAAACACGACCCUGCUGACAAGUAUCAUCUUCUUCGACUUUACGAUUAUUUCUACUACCGCGAGCAUUUGUUGAUCGUAUGCGAAUUGCUUAAAGCAAACUUGUACGAGUUCCAGAAGUAUAACCGGGAAUCGGGUGGAGAAGUGUACUUUACAAUGCCGAGACUCCAGUCGAUUACUAUCCAAUGCCUUGAAGCACUGCAGUUUCUACACAGCCUUGGCCUCAUACAUUGCGAUUUGAAGCCCGAGAAUAUACUGGUGAAAAGUUACAGUAGGUGUGAGGUAAAAGUCAUCGAUCUCGGAAGUAGCUGUUUUGAAACCGAUAAUCUAUGUUCUUAUGUCCAAUCGAGGUCUUACCGCGCACCGGAGGUUAUUUUGGGGUUUCCGUAUGAUAAAAAGAUCGAUAUAUGGUCACUCGGAUGCAUCUUGGCUGAACUUUGCACGGGAAAUGUUCUUUUCCAAAAUGACUCGCCGGCCACUUUACUCGCUCGAGUAAUCGGAAUUAUAAGUCCAGUCGACGCGGAAAUGCUUGCUAAAGGACGAGACGUGCACAAAUACUUCACCAAAAACCACAUGCUUUACGAGAGGAAUCCGGAAACUAACAAGCUGGAAUAUUUAAUCCCGAAGAAGUCGUCGUUGACGCACCGAUUGUCAAUGGGAGACGAGGGAUUCAUCGAAUUCGUCGCACAUCUUCUUCAAGUCAACCCGAGGAAACGACCAUCUGCAUCGGAGGCUUUGAAACAUCCGUGGCUACAAUACCAUUACGAACCGCUCUCUUCGUGAAGAAUAUGGCAGAACUGACGGAUCGAUAGGUUCGUUCUUAGUUUCGAUGUGUGUUACAAAUAUUGUGCCGAUACAAGGUGUGUUAGUCGUCGUCUUUUUCUUAGGUAUUCGUUUCCGGGACGGAAGCGUGGGAGUUUUUUUUACGUGUUGUUGUACAUGCUGUCUUAUUAUCCUUGCGUAUUUCUCGUAGGGCUUUUGUUCACUAAUCAUCGAUCGUUUCGAAAAUGGGAUUUUCGAGUCGAAAACUUACUGUAGGGAGUUUAUUAAAACCAUUGAGUUCGGAAUAUCGUAAGGUAAAAUGCCGGGAGUCGCAAUGGCUCUAUUUCUA